AAUUUUAAAUGGCCACAUGGACGUAGACUGUUGAAGGAAUUUAGGGCAUUGUGCAUUUACCAGAAAUCACCAGUUAUUACGCAAAAUAACAAUGGAAAAAGAAAAUACAUCGAUUUUACCGCGUUGGAAGGAAUUUUUCAUACUGCCUGAAGACAACAAGACCACAACCGCUGUCUUUGGCAGCAGUGAAGGCUUGAGAAAGGAAAAGAAGAGGGCUUCUCAAUUGACGUCCUGGGUUAUACAUCCUUACAGUACAUUUAGGAAAUAUUGGCUUGUCCUUGUGAUCUUGGCAACUUUCUUAAAUGUUAUUGUUAUUCCGAUGAGUGUGAGCUUUUUCACGAAUGCAGUUCAUAAUAGUGCAACAUGGAUUGCAGUAAAUAUUGUGGUGGACAUUUUGUUUGUUGCGGAUUUAUGCCUGAAUUUCCGCAUUGGGUACUGGACUGAAGGUACAGAAGUUGUUAUUCUGGAUGUCAAGGAAAUAAAGACUCAAUACCUAAAAUCAUGGUUUAUUCCAGACUUAAUAGCUGUGAUGCCAAUUGAUUAUGUAAUUCUAAUUGUUAAGACCCUUGGCCAUGCAUCCACCCCAACUGGAGUUGCUGGUUUGCGAGUAGUAAAACUGAUUAAGCUCACACGUUUAUUCAGCUUGCUUCGACUUCUGAGGUUUUCGAGACUGCUGCGAUACGUGCGUGAUUGUGAAGAGGCUUAUGGCAUGUCCAACGGGGGCUUGGCCGAAGCCAUUCAGUUUCUGCACUUUAUCGUCCUCAUUGUUCUGAUUUGUCACUGGUGUGCCUGUUUUCACUUCAUGGUGGCCAACAUCGGAGACUUUCCUGCCAAUAGCUGGAUCACUAAGGAAGGCCUACAGAACAAAACUAUGAGUGUUCAAUACAGCAGGUGCAUGUUUCGUGCUCUUUGCCACAUGAUGACCCUCAACUAUGGAUCUGUUGGAGUUCCUAAAGGUGUGGAGCAGCUGUGGGUGGACAUCAUCAGUAUGAUGAUGGGUGCAGUCAUGUAUGCCCUUGUGCUGGCCCACAUCACUGCCAUCGUGACACAUUCCGGGGCCAGCGAGAACGUCUACGCACACAAGUACAAUGAGAUGUGCCAGUAUAUGCGCCAGUGCCACCUCCCACCAGACCUGCUCCGUAGGAUACUGGAUCAUCUGUCCUGCCGAUACCUGGGCAGGUAUUUCGACGAGGAAGAAAUUCUCAAAGACCUCAAUGAGCCUCUCCGGCGGGCUAUUAUACACCACAACUGCAUCAAUUUCUUCGAAAACCACCCAGUCUUCAAAGGUGCCAGUCCUCUGUUCAUCGAAGAGGUUCUGGAAAUGUUAAAGUUUGAGUUCUACAUGGCUGGAGAUCUCAUCAUCAGGAAAGGGGACAUUGGGGACUGCAUGUACUUCAUCGAGAAGGGCGACGUGCAAGUGGAGACUGGCACCUCUGCAGAAGUUCUGUCAGACGGGUCUUUCUUUGGCGAGUUUUGCUUGGUAACUAAAAUGAACAGACGGUGCUGUAAUGUGAAAGCCUUGAGCUUAUGCCGCCUGUACAGCCUCUCUGCCAGCGACUACCUAGAGGUGGUGCAGCGCUUCCCUGAACUCCUGCAAGACGUCGGCACUGUGGCCAGGCAGCGCUUGAAUUCCAUGGUCCCUGUGCCUGUCGAUAAAGCCGAUGUUGAACAGAUAGAGGAUACUGCAGAUGCUGAACAAGUGGACAUUUCAUUCGUCUCUGUUUGCAUCACCAACCCUUCCAAUGGACAGGUGGAGUGUGUUGGAAACAAUGACUCUUAACUCUAAGUUGUCACAAUAAAUGUAUUAUUUUUUUAUA